CACUUUAGAGUUUAGACUAGAGUGAAGGUUUUGGAUUGCAAAACAUAAUAAGCAGGGUUUAAGCGUCUCCGGCAGUUUGUGUUCCGAAUGGAGCUUUGAACUUUUCCUUUCGAAACGACAAUGGCGUACGGUCGUUUAUCUCUUCUUCUCACCAAACGCCGCCUCUUAAACCCUAAAACCCCAUUCUUCCAUUCCCACCAUUUCUCAACUUCCCAAAACCCAAACCCUAAACCUUCUUCUCUUUCCGCUCGUCUCAGCUUCGUCUUUGAUCAAAUUGACGCUAUCGAAAAAGAACGUUCUCAAAAACACGAAACUCUUCAACGAAUUCGUGCUUGGCGUGAUUCCAAAAACACUCAUAACCAAAUUCCCGAACAACCCGUUUCAGAAUCACCACCAUCACCACCAACAACAACAUCUUCGUCUCUAAAUGAAGAGUCUGAUACUAACAUUAACAGUAAACCUGUGGAGUUGGUGAAGAAAGAGGUGGAAUUUGUGCAUCCGUGGCCGGAAUGGAUUCAAUUGAUGGAGAGAUUGGUUCAUCAGAAUUAUUUUGAUCAUAGAAGGAAAGAUGAGGAUAAAAUGGUGCAGGAUUUAGGGUUUGAUUCAUCUGAGAUUGUACACGAUGAAGGGCUUGAUUUUACUAAGGAUUUCAAGAGCGUUCAUGCUGCUUGUCUUAAUUUCGGGAAGGACCGGUUUGAUUUGUUGAGGUCAUUGUCCAGGCAGGAUAUUCAAGUUUUGGUUGGUUUUGGAUGCCCCAAUGUGGACAGAAAGGUGGUUUUCUCUGGAAAACUUUUAAGGAAGCUUGUCCACCUGGAUGAAGGAGAUGUCUGUAGUUCCUGCAGCUUGAGAAACAAUUGUGACAGCGCUUAUCUGCUUACAAACAAAGAGGAUGAGGCACGGACUAUUGAUAUCAUGCGAAUGCUACUGACACUUGGGUUUGAUCCUAUUAAUGGAUCAUCAGUCCUCAACAAGCCACUUUUGAAGCAGAAGUCUGUUAAAGCAGUGGUUCGUAAAUUGCUUCAUGAAGUUGUCAAAUUGAGUUCAGUUCCUAUUGAUCCAAAUCUUCCUCCUCCAGUGAUCAAAAAGCCUCCACCAAAGGUGAAACAACCUCCUCCUACUCCAAAGAGACGUGUUGGACGGGAUGAUGUUGAGAUGAAAAGGGGGGACUGGCUAUGUCCAAAGUGCGAUUUCAUGAAUUUCGCGAAGAAUAAUGUUUGCUUACAGUGUGAUGCCAAGCGUCCCAAGAGACAGUUGCUUCCAGGAGAAUGGGAAUGUACUGAGUGCAACUUCUUGAAUUACAGAAGGAAUGUGGUAUGUUUUCAUUGUGAGUGUAAACGCCCACCUGAUGAAUUCCUGGAAAAUAAAACUCAAGAUAGAAAGUACAGUUCCGGACCUAACUUUAAUAAGAUGGGCAGCCGGCAAGAGGUUUCCAAUGCCUGGAAUUUUGACUUCGAUGACAAUGAAUCAGAUGGUGCAGAUGUUGCCAAUUUUGAAUAUGCAGAUUCUCAUGGUAUAGACAAGGAUUUUUUUUCAGAUAACAAUGCUCGGCGUGUGGGGUGGGAAGAUGAUUUUGCAAAGAAUAGGAGCGUCCCAGGGUCCCACGAUGACGAAUAUGUUAAUGCCGGUCCCGGUCCUUCUAGACCUAGAACAGGGUUUGAUGAUUUUGAGGAUGAGGAUGAUAUAGAUAGUUAUGAGCUAGAAACUGAAACAGGAACCAGUGUUUCAAGAAUGGAAGCUACAAAAACUAAUUUUUCAGAAACAGAGGACUCUUUGGACUGGGAAGAUUCUGAAGACAUCGAUGACAAAAUGCAUGCACAUAAUAAAAGUAAAACAGCUUCUGGAAGAACUGAACGAACCCGUUCAGUUCGCAAGAAUACAUCUUUCUCUCGAUCCAAGGAAGACGAACUUGAUUAUGAUUCUGAUGAACAGCGGUCUCUUCUUUCGAAGUUCAAAUCUAGCCAUGUUUUUGCUGCCGACCAGAGAAGGAAAGGCAGAGGUCCAACCAAGAAAUUAAGCUUUGGUUCUGACUCUGACGAAGAUGGCAGUGCUGGCCUAUACUCUGAUGAAGAUGAUGACCUAAAUGAGGCAUAUUCAUCCAGGCAAAAUAAAGGGAACAGACAUGAUUCUGGAAGAAGGAACUUUACUAAAGACGGAAAGUCUGGUGGUGGCUACAAAUCAAACAUGUUCGGUGAUGAUUUUGAUGAAUCACCCCGGCAGUCUUAUAGAAAUGCUAGAGGGUCUCAGGGAAGUAACCGUGAUAAGAAGAGGUUUGAUGAUUUUGAUGGAUCAUCCCGGAAAUCUUAUGGUAAUGAUAGAGGGUCUCAGGGAUGUAACCGUGAUCGGAAGAGAUUUGAUGAUUUUGAUGGAUCAUCCCGGAGAUCUUAUGGUAAUGACAGAGGGUCUCAGGGAAGUAACCGUGAUCGGAAGCGGUUUGAUGAUUUUGAUGGAUCAUCAUCCCGGAAAUCUUAUGGUAAUGACAGAGGGUCUCAGGGAAGUAACCGUAAUCGGAAGCAGUUUGAUGAUUUUGAUGGAUCAUCAUCCCGAAAAUCUUAUGGUAAUGACAGCGGGUCUCAGGGAAGUAACCGUGGUCGGAAGAGAUUCGAUGAUUUUGAUGGAUCGUCUCGGAAAUCUUAUGGGAAUGAUAGAGGGUCUCGAGGAAAUGACCGGAGUAGGCAGAAAUUUGAUGACAGGGAGCACGGUAGAGGACAGUUUAAUAAAUACAGUAUGGAUGAGAAGGGUGGCAGUGAUUUUAGAAACAGUAGGCGUGUGAUUGAAAGAUAGCCCCAUAGUUUCAUGAACACAUUUUUGUCACUCAGUUUGUCGUUGCACAUAAUAACUGCCAGUCACCAAAAUUCAAAUUUGGCACAAGCCGCUAAAGGUCUGCUUUUUUGUGGGAUUUAUUGUUAAAAUAUCACCGGAUUGACUGGAAGACUUCAACCUUGGUAAAAAUUCCCUGUUCAAUUUUCCUACAUACCAAGUCAACUGAAUUUGUUUUUUUACAUAUAUUGGGAGUUGGCUAGAACUAGUGAUCAGUUAAGCGACCUGAGUUAUCCAUCAGCAAAGUUAACCUGCCAAUGAACCGUUGUGCUUUCCCAUGAUGGGAUCCUCUAACAUAUUGGCCAGGAAUACUGGAAUAACCAUAUUUCUCUCUUUUAAUCAAAUAAUAGUGUUGUAAUCUGUCAUGGGUAUAUUUUUUCUUUUGAAUUUUCGUUAUUUAUUUAUUUUUGUUAAAA